AUGUCGCUGGGAGCCAGUGGCGAUCCGGAAGCAGAGAACACCAGGAGACGGACUAGGACUGGCUGUCUCCCGUGUCGUGGUCGUCGUCGAAAGUGCGAUGGGGCCCGUCCUGCAUGCCGCAAUUGUGAAGUAAAGGGCACCGCUUGCCAAUGGGGGCUCAAGAUUGCCUUUCAUCCUUCGCGCACCUACAGCUUGUCUGCACGCGAUUCAGUAUCGUUGGCGGCGAUUGAGCAGCAGUGGAGUCGCGCCCGUACAGAAAACCCUCGGUUUGGGACGAUCAUAAAUGAAACGCAGGAAGUUAUCUGUGGAUACAGUAUCCUUGAUGACCUGGACACCUCCUUUGUAGACUCACCAGACCCACCCAAUUAUGAGGAUACGGAAGAAUACCUGCAGAUGGCGGCUUCCCCGAGUGCGACAACCGCCGCAGUUCGCCCACCAAGUUCUUCUGGGGCGUGCAGUUCGCCCGCAACAUCAGGCGGUGUUGUCACGUCCGAGUACGAGGACCAUCCUCGCCAGGCGUUGCCUACUGAUUUUAGUAUCGGAGACUUGCUGCUGCGACCCAGGGGAGCGGUCUCCGAGCAGCCGCGGCGAUCGAGCUUCGUCAGUUGGGCCGUUGCACCGGCAUGCGAGCCAGACUACACAGUCCCCUUCAUAGGGCCCGUUGAUGAGGCCCCGGUCGGUGCACCGCUGCUCGCGUCGCCCGCUGAAACCUUGCAACCACCGGAACCCCCACUUCCUGUAUCAAAUGCGGAAAUGGCUCGCCUGGUUUCAUUGUACAUCCAGGAAACGGGGACUUGGUGUGAAACGACAGAUUCGGAUAUGCACUUUACCAUGCGUAGUAUCCAUGAGAUGAUGAGAUCCCCGGCGUUUAUCGCUGCGGUAAUGGCCCUGGCCUCGCGCCAACUCGACCACGUGGGGCAUCGACCGCAACCCAUCACCCUUGAAUUAUACCAGUACACUAUUCAGUUACUUCUCCAACAAGGCCCGGCAAAGCAGGAUGCUUCCGCUCUGGCUACUUGCACUCUACUCUGUGUGUAUGAAAUGAUGGCGUCAGGAGUGUAUGAAUGGCGACGCCAUCUCAAGGGAUGUGCCGCUCAUCUUCAAGCCCAAAAGUGGAACGGAUCUAGUAAAGGCAUCGUAAAAUCAUGCUUUUGGGCGUUUGCUCGUAUCGAUGUCUGGGCGGCUUUAAUUAGCAGGAAGACGACUCUAAUUCCAACCAAUUUCUGGUUGGAUGAUAUGUCGAUUGCAUCGGUGGCUGCAAAGAGGGACAUUGAUGAUUAUUGUAACCUCGCCAAUCUGAUAUUUGCCGAAAUAGUCAAUUUCCUAGCUACGCGUGGCCCAGAUGAAAGUGGUCAUGACAACACAUACACAGCGUCGGAGGUCAGUCCCCUCCUGAGAAAUCCUCCGGCAUCGUCAAAAGUGUUUCCCGUGGUUCUCUAUUCUCGCUCGUCUUCAAUUUGCGGUAAUACUUUCUACCAUGCCGGCUCUAUAUUAUUGCUGCAGACGGGGGAAGUUCCACUGCACGCCGAUAAUAUAUCCAGUGAACUUAACAACCUCGUCUGGCACGCACGGGAGAUCGGUGGUAUCUCCAUCUCGAACCCUUCUCAUGCAAACUGGGUCAAUCAAGUCCAACCGCUUUACAUCGCGGGCACAGUUUUUGCUCCCGGCGGCGAAGCACCAAGUUCAUGGACAUAUGAUUCGAUAAAUCUUUUGGAUGCGCAAACACAGCUAGACCUGUCACUACGGCGCGGGAGCGCGAUAAAUCCGGCUACGGGUGAUGAUAUGUCCCUAGCAACAUGGGAAGAGGAGGAAAAGUACGCUGCUGAGAAGGUCCUCCUAUUGAAGCAGUUGGCUCGCAUAGAACGAGAAACCGGCUGGAAAACGUCGGAUCGCGCGGCCAGUUUAAGGACACUAUGGGGAAUGGGGUAG